AUGCGAGUAAGAACACGGCGUGAGGGAGUCACCUCCGAUCUCACCGCGGCAGAAUCCUUCUCUGAUCUCACACAAGCACUCAUCAAACAACAACAACAAGAAGAAGAAAAACAAGAAAAAGAAAAAGAAAAAGAAGAACAAUCUACAAACUCUCAUGAUGUGAACAUCACGGCUAUUCAUUAUAAUAUCCGUCGUGCCUCUCGCACGGCAGUUCUCCUUCAGCAGAUACACCACACCUCACAGCCCGAAUCCAUCUCCACCAUCACUGUAUCGAAUAGCGAUAAGCAUGUAGAUGUUAAUAGUGAAAUACAUCAGGCUCUCAUAGCGGCAGCAGAUGAAUUGGAUCGCCAUUCAGCAUUUAAUAAACUCUCACAUAUACUUACAGAGGCAUUUCAGUGGCGUGGUAAAUCUACACGUUUAUCUGAUGAUGAUGAUGAUAAGAAUGAUAAUAUGUUGAUUGUAUCUACACAAGUCGCACGGGAGUUGCCGGCACGUUGGGUGAUGCAAAGUUUAAAUGAAAUCAAAGAAGUGCAUUCCACACGUGAGAGAGUCACACUGUUAGACCGAGGGACAACCGUUUGUCUACGCAAUAGUAAUAGUGAUAAUAAUAAUAAUAAUAAUAAUAAUAAUAAUAAUAAUAAUAAUAAUAAUAAUAUGAAUAGUAACGGUCAGGAGAAGAAAGGGAAGGAGAAUGAUCAUUUGCUGCCAACAACAACAACAACAACAUCAACACUGUACCGAGUGGUAAACGUGGCUGAUAUGAUUGGCCAGGAGUACUGGGUAGAUAUUGAGAAAGUCCAAACCCCUCUUUCUAUGAAUACUUCUAUGAAUUCUUCUUCGUCUGUGUGUAUACGGCGUGUGGAUUGUGAUGCGAUUAAACUGCAGCCCCCGCAAUUAAUUUACUUUGAUGCAUUAUUGCCCGCAGAUGAGAUGUACAACCCGCGGGGAACCUCCACGUGUUUAUUUCUCGCCGCUACACUCGCCGUGCGGGGACUCUCAUCAUCCAAUCGAAUAGAAAGAGGAGGAAUAAUAAUAAUAAAAAGAAGAAGAACAAGAAGAAGAUCAUUAGAGUUGCAGCCACAACAACAACAAGAAGAAGAAGAAGAAGAAGAAGAAAUGGAUAAAGUGUUAAAAGAAUUACCAAAACGUAUUGCACUUCGUAUGGCUCUCGCUGCACGAGAGAUGCGAAAACAACUUUACACCCAACGCCUUUCACGACGUGAGAGUUGUUAUGUAGAUAGACAAAUGACUGGAAUGGUGGAAGUGCAUAUGAGCCGUGAUGGGGUGAGAUUACAUUACGGUGGGGAAUCUGUUGAACUUCUCCAUCGGUCUAUGCAGCGAUUGGCAUUAUUGUGGGAUGCACAUGUACACCGUGAGAAGAGAGAAAUAAUGAAAAUGAUGAAAAUGAUAUCAAAUAGGAAAUACAACCAAAGUGCAUUGGAGUUGUGGAGAAACGCUACAGCUCAACUUACCUCUAUAAUCUCCACAACAAUAAGAGAAAAAGAAGAAGAAAAAGAAGAAGAGGGAAAAGAUGUGGAAUAUAGUUUCUCUACACAAGAGCCAUUCUAUCUACGUACCUUUACUAUGUUAUUACGCUAUCGUGCUCUCUUUGGAGAUCUUGGGUAUAAUCAAGGUCCACACGCUGCGGUCCCACCAUGUGUAUUGCAACAACUACACACGGCCUUUGAUAUUCAAUGUGAGGCCUUUGCAAGUCCAUUGAAUGCACAACUCCCACGAUUUGCCUCUUUGUUUCCAGAUACGGAUUAUUACUUUGGUAGUUUGGGUGCUUUCUUUGAUUUAUCUUUAGUCUCUGGACAUUAUGAAGUUAAUCCACCAUUUGUAACGGCUGUACUGCAGCGAUUACAGACAUUACUCCUACGGGAUACACUUCCACAUUACAAUCAUGAAGAUGCGGCAUCUAUGUUAUUUGUGCUGGUACUCCCCUCACAUGAUUUGGAUGAGGCCGAGCGGAAUAUCUUAACAACAACAACAACAACAAGUAUGAUUGAAAGUACAGAUGUGAAGCAUAAUGAUAAUAAUAAUAGUAGUCGUUUUGGACUUCAUGAUAGGUCGAGUCCUAUAGGAAUGGACUCUCAAUCCAAUAGAAAACGACAUCGUGGGAGUGAUAAGGGAGUGAAGGAGGACUAUACCAAUGAAGAUGGAAAUAACAACAAUAAGAACAAGAUGAAUAAAGGGAAUGGGAGUGUUGAACGUGCAUUGCGUGAGAGUUCUUUUUGCAUUGCACAUACCCUUUGUGCUGCUUCUGAGUCUGCAUAUGUGGAUGGUCAUCAACAUGUAUUGCGUUCUCCACUUUUCUGUAUUAAUUCCCCAACACGAUUGAUUGUAUUAGGGAACUGCACGGCCCGUUGUCGGUAUAGUGAUGCUGCUGAACGACUGGCGGCUGUGCGGGAUACCUGGACUCACUAUACACAUGACUGCAGAGAGAGAGAGAGAGAGAGAGAGAAUAAUGGGAGUAUGGGAGUAAUGUGA